CAGUAGCGGAUGCAGCUUUCGAUGAGCAAAACCAGCUCAACGGUUAUUACGUAGCCGCUGUGUAUGACAGACAAACGCCGACGAUAGGCUGUUCUGCGUGAGAAGUUGUGCGUGAAGUGAUAAAGCGCUACAUUACUGUGGAAAAAUUAAUUGAAAUGCUUUAAAAAUGUAUGUGCAUGGCGAUAAUUAACAUAAAAUAUAUAAUUAUACAAUUAGCUGGCCUGUGCGGGAAAGUGUGCGAAAUUGUAGUCCUAUUCUCUCAGCAGAAACUGCAUACAUCCAAGUGCAUAUAUGAAAAUCAAAGCAUAAGCGAAUGAAAAUAGCGCGUAUAUUUAGUGUCAAGUGUUAAAAUGAAAAGCACAAGUGCAUGCUCCGAGAAUAGAAACAGCAGUAGUUACGAGUACAACAACAAAAACAUAGUGGACGUGCAUACCAACAACAAGUACAACAACAAUAGCAACAAGGAUAUCUGCAAAGUGUAAAGAAGAAAUGCAACACUUGGCGAGCUUGGAGCGCAAAAAUAAACAGCACUAAGCAACGACUUAAAACUAAACAAAUCCGACUGGAAACGUCAGACCGUGUGAAGGAAGGUCGUUGAGUACACUGUGUGUGUGUGUGUGCGUGGGUGUGUGUGCUUAUUUAUCUGCUAAACAAACAAACCGAAAAAGACUGCAACUUGCAACGACAAUAGGAAGAAAGGGAAAUGUGCGCGUAAGCACGCGAUUUUGUGCAAUAAUGUUAUCCGAGAAGUCGAACAACAAUUGCAGCAACAGCAUUAUUUGGAUUAUCUGCAAUAACAAUAGCAUGAGCCGAAAUCGAGGAAACAGUAUGGCAAGCCAAAGUUCCUUGUGGUUUCAUCUCUUCUUGAUUUGCUGCUCCUGCCAUAUUCUGGGAUUACUUCAGUUGGCUGCGGCCCUGCCGUUUGAAUAUUUCGACGAACACGAUGAUUUGAACUACGACUUGGAUACGGUCCAAUCUCAGGCCAAAUACGACGCACACCUGCUAUCUGAGCAAAUGCUGAGCGAUGCCGAGCUCGAGCAGAAGCCGGACACGGGCAUUGGCACGACCGGCAGCAACAAGGAACAACAGCAGCAGGAGGAGGAUAAUAUGGAACCACAUAGCCGAGCGGCUGCCUGUUUUACAAAUGGCCGAAAGUACACACAUGGACAGAAGGUACGGCGCUGGGAUCCGUGCGAGGUUUGUCUCUGCAUGGACGGUGAAAUAUUUUGCUGGUGGGAGAAAUGUGACAAGGCUAAUGUAAGCACUGAAGCGAAUGAGUACUCGGACCCGUACCGCUACGAGACCACGACAAAAUCUUUCACAAAACUUUAUAAAGCGCCAAGGAGAGUUGGGAAGCGGCAUAAGCAUCAUAAGAAUCAAAAGAAUUUUAAUGACUACCAAGUUUAUCACAGCCACAAGCAAGCAGAUUAUAAAAAGGAACACAUAAAGCAACUGAAACAAAAGAGCAACGCCAACAACUACAAUAAAAUCAAGGAACACAAACAUACCGAGCUGCAGCAGCAACAUCAAAACUUGCAACCAGUUACGGUGACGGAGGCAGUGGCAGCAACAACAGAGGAAGUUGAAGUCUCGGCAGCCGCGACUGCGACGGCAGCGCGUGUUAAUCAGGCUGCCAAGGAAAUGCAUUAUCAGCAGCAGCAACAGCAGGAGCAGGAGCAGCAGCAACAUUUGCAACAACUUCAUGAGCAGCAAUUGGAACGCACACACCAACACCACCAGCAACAACAUGCACACACACAUCCAUCCCAUUCGUCGCAUGCGUCCAGCAAGAUAUUAAAUUUCCCCGAAAACUUGCCCUCCCUGCUCUAUUAUGACUACAAAACCGAAGAGCAUGAGCAUCAUCAGCACCAACAUCAUCAGCAGCACUUACUUCACCAGCAGCAGCGACUGCAGCAGCAGCAACAACAGCAACAGCAACAACAAGAAGCCUUAGUACUGCACCGGCAACCACAAGGGCCUGGGUCCAUUGUGACGUCAGCAGACCCACCCACAGCUUCUCGACAACGUGCACUUGAAGCAGGCGUUGAACUCAGCAGCAGCAGCCGCAAUAGCUUUGAUGAUGCGGAAACUGACAGCGAUAUUUUGCCCGAGCCACCAACGAAGCGUCCGAAGGCAACAAGGACGACAACUAAGACGGCAACAACAACAACAACAAUGAGCAUGGCCAAGGCGUUGAUGACAUCGUCAGCAUCCUCGUCGUUGUCGUCAUCGCUGUCAGUGUUGACAACAGAAAGCCCGGCAGCACCAAUUCCAGAAACAAUGGCGGCGAAAGUUACGGUGAAGGAAACCGGCAAGCAGGCGUCAGCUGACAAGUCAAAUGAAAUGCCACAGGAACCCAUGGCAACAGGCCCGGACACGGACAAGCCAGGGGACAUAAAUACAGCCAUGCACAAAAAUCAACAUAAUAUUGAAGAGCAUGAUCGCGAGAUGGAGGAGCUUGACGAUGCAUUCCAUCGCUGGUUAACAUCGACGGAACUCAAUGUUGACAGUGAGAACACAAACACGCUGGACGAUAACCUGACAGCCAGCGAACAGGAAACAUCAGCAUCAACAAUAAUCGAUGAUGUCGGCAGCAACCAGGGUGGAAGCAAGAGUAACAAUAUUACAGAAGCAAAUGUCACUGCACAUGCUGAUACGCCGGCGGAUGGGCAGGACACGGGUCACAAGGAUACUGGCUAUGGCAAUAGCAUCGGCAUCGGGAACGGCAACACCAACACCAACAAUAUUGCAGACAAUGCCGAUGCCGUGUUCUUUCGCAGCUCCUACAACGAUUACAGCAGCGAAUUCAAUGGCAGCGUCGUGAACAUUGACAUAACACUAACAGCAGUCGAUGUCCAUCCCCAGCACUUGCAUCAGCAACCGAAGCAAGCGCCAGAAUCAACUCAAAUGCUGGCCAAGGUGGUGCAAGCCGAUUUAAUUGCGAAUGACAACAAAACAGCAACAGCAACAGAACCGCCAACGUUACAUGCGAACCAAGAGCAACAACAGCAACAGCCACCCUAUAUGCUGACAAGCAUUAUAACAACAGAUACAACAACAUCGCCGGUGCCAACGGAGCGUAUGUGCAAUGUUCUGGGCAAAUUGUACAAAAUUGGCGACAUUCUGCCACAGGACACCGGAAACUGUUUGCAAUGCAUUUGCACGGAUGCCGUCACGCCUGAUGAGCAGCCCAGCGUGACCUGCAGCCCUCACAAUUGCCCGCCGCUCGUCCUCCCCGAUCUAUUCGAUGCGACUGGUUACUGAGGUUACGGGUUUGUGCUGUAAGUUGCAUGGCCGUCUAAAUUGGGAUUCAAACAACAUUUUGGUCGCGGCUAUCUUCCAUUGACGAGCUGAUAAGUGUGAACAAUUGAAAUUCGAAUGGAAUGGAAUGCGAAUGCAAAAACAGCUUUCAGAACUGGACAUUAUUGUUUUACUCUCCAACUCUAUUACAACGGCAGCACAUAUGUAUACACAUAUAUGUGAAAUAUGGAACUAUAUGACCUACAUAUUUAAAACAAAACAAUAUACAUAUAGCCCUACACACAACUCUUGAGCAAAUCUCACAAUUAUACAUACAUAUACAUAUGGAUUUCAAUGUAAAGCCCUCCCUAUCAUGAGUCAGUGCACUCAAUAAAACAAAUAACUACAUACGAGUACAUAUAUAGUGAACAAAACAAACCAAACAUAUUUACGCAUCUAUAUGCAUAUUUAUUGAGCUGGGCAUAAUGCAGGCGCGAGGAUAAGAGAGAGCAAACUUUAGUUUUUAAGCUGAAUGUUUAUGAAUUUUACAAUUUACAAAAGAUGUUAAAAUAAAUGUGAAUGAUUGAAAAAUGAAAGAAUUAUCAGCACAUUGAGAUGAAAUGUGUCCCAAAUCGAGCGUCAAACAACCCCAAAUAUCUAACCUUUACCUUCCAUUCGCUAGAGGUCAACCAGAAUGUAAUAAAUGUAUACACCAGUAGAACUUUUAAAGAAUUUAUAGAUGUACUUACCAACUACAUACAAGAAGGAAACUAAAGAUUUUUCACUGUGAAAACCUUACAACUCUCAACAAAACCACAAUAAAUGCAGUCGUUUUUGUUUUGAAAAUUCAUUUAGACAUUUACUUCAAACGUUCAUGACUGAAGUGGUGGCAUAAAGUGGCAAAAAGUUCGUCACAUACAUACAUAUACAUAUAUUUCUAUAUAAAAGUAAAUCAGUGUAUUUGUAAGCAACUAAUUCUAUAACGAA